CACACAGUCUCAGGGUUUCAUUCCAUGCGCUGUUUUCUCACGUUGGUCCGAACAGAAGACGAGAGCAGUUAGCGUUGUUCUAAGCGCCGACUUCCGAUUGGACGUCUUCCGUCAGUCCCCCGCGCGCCGUGGGCGGGUACAGAAGCUGUGUUCGCAAAACAGAAACGUGCGUUCCGCGGAUGGGCAUCACUUCUCCUCGCGGUUUGGGGGGAAUACACGCCGAUCGAGGGGACGUGUCCCGCGAUGACAUAUGAGCGCUCCGGAGCCGGGGUUUUGAGAGAGGGACGCGCCACACUUUCUCCACCCGGAUACCACCUGUAUGGAUGAGGACUUUCUCGCGCCUUUCGCGUCGUCCCCGCCGACCGCCGACCGGGGAGAGACCCCGGCAGAGUUCCUCCGCGGGGGAGACGCUGGGGUGGGGGAACGCAGCAUGACGGUGGUGGACAACCUGCUGGAGGAGACGGCCGCGCUCGCCGCUCACCUGCCGCGCGCGGAACGACGCGGCAGCGGCAGAGGCGACGGCUGCUGCCAGCGCGUGGUCGUCAACAUCUCGGGCUUGCGCUUCGAGACGCAGCUGAAAACUUUCAACCAGUUCCCGAGCACGCUGCUUGGGGACCCGCGCAAACGGACGCGUUACUUCGACCCGCUGCGUAAUGAGUACUUCUUCGACCGCAACCGGCCGAGCUUCGACGCCAUCCUUUACUACUACCAGUCGGGGGGUCGCAUCCGGAGACCCGUAAACGUGCCCAUCGACAUCUUCUCCGAGGAGAUCCGCUUCUACCAGCUGGGCGAGGAGGCCAUGGAGAAGUUCCGCGAGGACGAGGGCUUCAUCAAGGAGGAAGAGCGGAUUUUACCCAACAACGAGUUCCAGAAGCAGGUGUGGCUCCUGUUCGAGUACCCGGAGAGCUCGGGUCCCGCCCGGGGCAUCGCCAUCGUCUCGGUGCUCGUCAUCCUCAUCUCCAUCGUCAUCUUCUGCCUGGAGACGCUGCCCGAGUUCCGGGACGACAAGGAGGCCCGGGGGGCCACGACCCUGGUCAACGGCACGGCGUCCUCCGACGGCGGGCCCAACCCCUUCACCGACCCCUUCUUCAUCAUCGAGACCCUGUGCAUCAUCUGGUUCUCCUUCGAGCUGCUGGUGCGCUUCUUCGCGUGCCCCAGCAAGACGGUGUUCUCCAAGAACCUGAUGAACGUGAUCGACAUCGUGGCCAUCAUCCCGUACUUCAUCACCCUGGGCACCGAGCUGGCCGAGACCAGCCAGAGCAGCGGCGGCCAGCAGGCCAUGUCUCUGGCCAUCCUCAGGGUCAUCCGCCUGGUGCGGGUCUUCAGGAUCUUCAAGCUGUCUCGCCACUCCAAGGGGCUCCAGAUCCUCGGCCAGACGCUGAAGGCCAGCAUGCGGGAGCUGGGCCUGCUCAUCUUCUUCCUCUUCAUCGGCGUCAUCCUCUUCUCCAGUGCCGUGUACUUCGCCGAGGCCGACGACCCCUCCUCCAGCUUCACCAGCAUCCCCGACGCCUUCUGGUGGGCUGUGGUCACCAUGACGACGGUGGGCUACGGCGACAUGCACCCGGUGACCAUCGGCGGCAAGAUCGUGGGCUCGCUGUGCGCCAUCGCCGGCGUGCUGACCAUCGCGCUGCCCGUGCCCGUCAUCGUGUCCAACUUCAACUACUUCUACCACCGCGAGACCGACGGCGAGGAGCACGCCCAGUACUUGCACGUCAGCAGCUGCGAGCAUGUGGGGGCCGGGCCCGCGGACACGCUGGACGCGCUGGACGUGCUGGACGAGCGGACGUGCAGCAGCCCGUCGUCGCUCAGCAAAUCGGAGUACGCGGUGAUGGACGAGGCCUUUGGGCGGCCCGACUACGACGACACCGAGACCCACCAGAACUGCGUGAACAUCAAGAAGAUCUUCACCGACGUGUGAGGCAAGAG